AUGUCCCUGCCCAAUCGAUCGGCGCGGAUGAUGCCGGAGAACGCCUCUUCCUCCCUCUCAGACAACCUCCUCUCCUCCCUGUUGCACCAGUCUAGCGAUUCCUCUUCCUCCCUCCCUCGCCCUCUUGACGACUCGCUCGCAAGAUACCUGAUGAACGCGCUGGGCAGCACCUACAUGUUUCAGCAGCCACCCACCACCUUGGUCGCAGCACCGGCACGAGAUCUCCUUGCAAUUGCAAGACCAACUCCCAUACGACCCUCGGCAAACGACUCAGCAAGCCUCGGGCUAGAGUCUUUGAAAAGGAAACAUCAGCAACCCGACCCUUUAGAGGAGCACUGUGUUGAAGAACAGCAUCCUGGAACAAAGUACAUCAAGAUCGAACCACCCAGUGUCAUCCCCACCCGGGAGCAAGCUCCACAGGUCUCUGAAGCCAAAGCAGAGAUCCUCUCGCAUCCCCAGAAAGCCAUGCAAGACGUCAAACCAGCUCUCACCGCAGUGGUGGAGCAAGGGCAAUCUACAACGAGGAGAAAUCGCAGGACCAAGAAACAAAUAGAGCUUGCUCGGAUGCAGGAGUUCCAGCAAAAGCUUUCCAAGUUGUCGUUGGACGAGAUUGCCAGGUUGUGCCCUGUGGUGAAGCGCAUACAGCUGGACUUGCAGCAGAUCCUCAAGAGUCUACUUACUGAGCGAGGAGAGUUGGCGAUUUGCGAGGCAAGAGCGCAUGCGCUAUUCAGCCUACAAAAGUUUGAACCUCAAUAUGGUGUUGCUGAAAGCGACAGCGAAGACCAGGGAGCCGACGGAAUGUAG